GCGACGGGCUGCAGCAUCCACACCUCGUAGGCCGUGGCAGCUGGCGGGUGGCUGUAGGGUAAAUAACAAGGCUGAGUGGAAGCAGGCUGAGCGGCAACCAACAUAACUUUCAGGCUGCCCAACACCAUCUCAUUCCUUCAGUUCUUCACCUCUCUAUAUCUCGCGUCAUAUCGCUCAUUCAUAACCCGUCUUCUUUUUCUACUACUUCUUCCUCUCUCUCACGACCGCCCAUGGCGCGCCAGCUGCGCCGCGAAGACUACACAGUGGGAUGGGUGUGCGCGCUGCCCAUCGAGUUGGUUGCCGCCCAGGAGAUGCUCGACGAGGAACACGAAAAUCUCGAGCGCGACCCUAUUGAUAACGAUGAGAACUUGUACGCCCUAGGGUCGAUAGGCGGGCACAACGUAGCCAUCGUGUGCCUACCCGCCGGCUGCAUCGGCAACAACCCGGCGGCAGCCGUGGCGGCGCAGAUGCGGGCAACCUUUAAGCGCAUCCGGUUCGGGCUGAUGGUGGGUAUCGGUGGGGGAGUACCUAGCAAAGGGGUAGACAUCCGGCUAGGAGACGUGGUGGUCAGUCAGCCCGACAAGACCUUCGGCGGGGUGGUGCAGUACGAUAUAGGGAAGGCAAAGCCGAGCGGGUUCGAGCGGACAGGGUCGCUCAACUCGCCGCCGCUGAUGCUGCUUUCCGCGGUGAGGCAAGUGCAAGCUAAGGAGCUUCGAGGUCAGAGUAAGCUAGCUGAGCACGUGUCUAAGCUCGAGCGCAUCUCCAAGUUCCAGCGCUGUAAGACAGGACCCGACAUCCUCUUCGAAGCCGCAUACGACCACGAGGGCGAAGAGACGUGCAGCAAGUGUAACACCAAUAGGCAAAAAGACCGAGAACCGCGGGAUGAUGGAGAACUAGUAGUAACUCACUACGGAACGAUCGCAUCAGGAAACCAGGUGAUGCGAAACGCCGCCCAACGCGAUAGAGUCAGCGCCGACCUCAAAGGCGUGCUCUGCUUCGAGAUGGAGGCCGCAGGCCUGAUGAACAGCUUCCCAUGCCUCGUGGUGCGUGGCAUCUGCGACUACGCCGACUCUCACAAGAACAAACUGUGGCAGGCGUAUGCGGCGGGCACGGCGGCGGCGUGGGCGAAGGAGGUGCUGUCAGCAAUACCGCCAGCCCAGGUAGAGAAGGCGCUCACGGUAGACAAGGCCAUUACACAGGCAGCAAUCAAGCGUCAUCUCGAAGAUGACAGUACUUACAGAAGUAAUAAGCGGGCAAGGCUGUUACACAGCACAGGUGAACUCGAUGAGUCGGACGAUAACGAGGACAACAGAACGAGCCCAGAUGACAGUGAGGGAGUGAGCUCGGAAUAUGACGAGGACAACAGAACAAGCCCAGAUGACAGUGAGGAAGUGAGCUCGGAAUAUGACGAGAGUGGGAGUUCAGAAGAUAGUGAACAAAAUGAUCCAGGGAGUGAGAGUGACGGUCAAUGGCGCUAAUGUUGACUGCUCUAGGAUGAUGCGAUCUAUAGCCGGCAAUAAAGCGUCCUAUGGGUCAUACUAGUACCAUGUCCGUGCAUGCAAUGCACAGCCCACUAGGACAAAAGCCUGUUGAGAUAUGAGGCUAUAAGUAGAGUCACACACAAAAGCUAUCGUAGCAAGUUAAGAGCUGCUGGAAACAGAAAUUUUGAUAUGUACGAGUGGAAUGAUAUGAUUUCAGUAACUAGCUCUCUAGCGUAGAUAUCUCAGCAC